AUUUAAUUGAAUUCUUUGGUCUGAAAGCAAUGACGAUGAGGGUUUAGUGGGGUGGCCGCCGGUGAAAGCCUGGCGGAAGAAGCUUAGCCACAGCGUACACAAUGGCAGAGCAAAUUACGAUCGCAUGGCGGCAAAGAAUAGCUGCGGCGGUAGAGCUCCAAAUUCAACGUACGUGAAGGUGAAACUGGAAGGGAAUGCAAUUGCCAGGAAAAUUGAUCUUAGCGCUCAUCGCUCCUUUGAGUCGCUUACAGUAUCCCUGACGAGAAUGUUCAAUAUAUCUGACGAGCAUUGGAAGAAGAGCUUUAACCUGGCUUAUCAAGACAGAGAAGGUGACUGGUUGCUAGCUGAAGAUGUUCCCUGGAGGACCUUCAUUCGUUCCUUGAAAUGCAUCAAGUUAAUUCGAAGCAGAUGCUAGCAACAACGUUGAAGAUGAAUGCAUCGGCCAUGUUUCAGCUUUUCUUUAUUUUGGGUUUUAGAAAGAAUCUUCAUGGCCUUUUUAAUUUUGCUUUUUUUUUAUUAAUGCUUGUAU